AUGGGUGUCCCAGCGAUCAUCAACAGCAUCAACAGGGCGGUGGCCACCUCACCCGUCGGCUACUACUUCCGACUCGAUGGCUCUGGUCACCCUCUCUCGCGUCCCGGCUCGCGUUUCCUCACCGAGAUCCGUGCUGGUCUCGUUACGUUCGCUGCUAUGGCCUACAUUCUUUCGGUCAACGCCAGCAUCCUCAGCUCGUCUGGAGGUCCAUGCGAGUGCCCCAAGACAGAAGCCGACCCGUUCUGCAAGAACAACGCCGCAUACCAGCAGUGUACCGCUCAGCUCAACCGCGACUACGUCUUUGCCACUGCCAUUUCGGCCUGCGUCGGCAGUACCCUCAUGGCUCUUUUCGCCAACAUGCCUCUUGGCCUCGCUCCCGGUCUCGGUGUCAACGCCUACUUUGCCUUCACCAUCGUUGGUACCGCUGGUUCCGGUAUCAUCCCUUAUAGCCAGGCUCUUUCGGCUGUCUGGCUCGAGGGCUGGAUCUUCUUCAUCCUUUCGCUAUUCGGUGUUCGUCAGUGGCUCGCUCGUCUGCUGCCCCACAGCAUCAAGCUGAGCACGGGUGCUGGUAUCGGUAUCUUCCUCGCUUUCAUCGGUCUCGGCCCCAACGGUCUCGGCGUCAUCGGUGGCGAUGCUUCCGACCUUGUCGCUCUUGCCGGUUGCCCCGCCCAGUACACGGAUCCCGACACCGGCUACUGUCUCAGCCACAAGCUCCAGAACCCCACGGUCUGGCUCGGUGUCAUGAUCGGUGGUGUCCUGACCGCCCUCAUGCUCCUCUACCGCGUCAAGGGUGCUUUCCUCAUUGGUAUCCUGUUGGUCUCGAUCAUCUCGUGGCCGCGUAACAGCUCGGUCACCAUGUUCCCUCACACUGACAGCGGCAACGAAGCAUUCAACUACUUCAAGCAGGUGGCCAACUGGAACGGUCUUGGCCUGCUCGGUCCCAAGAACAUCGACUGGUCCGGUUACGGUAACGGCAAGGUGUGGUAUGCCCUCAUCUCGUUCCUCUACAUUGACUUGCUCGACACCACGGGUACCCUGUACGCCAUGGCCAGCCACGCGGGUCUCAUGGACGCCCGCACUGGUGACUUUGAGGGCUCCUCGGCUGCCUACCUCUCGGACGCUGUUGCGAUCUCCGUUGGCUCGCUCGUCGGCUGCUCGCCCAACACGGCUUUCGUCGAGUCGGCUUCCGGUAUCGGUGAGGGUGGACGCACGGGUAUCACGGGUCUCACCGUUGGAUUCAUGUUCUUCCUCUCGCUCUUCUUUGCUCCCAUCUUCGCCUCGUUCCCCGCAUGGGCCACUGGCUCGACCCUGGUCAUUGUCGGCUCCAUGAUGGCCUCCAACACCGCGCAGGUCAACUGGUCGUACGUCGGCGACGCUAUCCCUGCCUUCGUCACCAUCGUCGGUAUCCCGCUCUUCUUCAACAUCGCCUACGGUCUGAUCGCCGGUAUCUGCUGCUACAUCGCCCUCAACGCGAUCCCUUGGGCUAUCUCCAAGAUCUCGGGUGGUCGCGUGGUGCCCGACGGAUGGGACACGAUGAAGGAGCCUUGGGGUGCUCGCAUGGUGUCGGCCAACGACGACACCACGGGUGUCUGGGCCAUCUUGCCGCCCUGGAUGCGCAAGCUGAUGAGCGGCAACACCAAGUUCUGGCAGAUGACGGACGACGAGAUCGAGUUCUACCUUGAGGGUAGGAGGGAGACGCAGAGGCUGGCACAGGAACGUCAAGAGCAGCUCGAGCACGAGCGCGACGCCAUGUACGGCGGUGCUGCCGAUGACGUCGAGGCGAGGGCAUCGACGAGCUCAGCCGAGCAGCAGGACGAGAAGCACUCGACGUCCGGCAGCCCUGCUUUCUCGCCCGUUGAGGUGCCCGCGCAUCUGCCUUCCCAACAGGACCACAUCACUGGCACUGCUCGUUGA